AUGAGCAUAAGGGAUAUGCUGGAUAAUGAACUUAUCAUAUUAAAAAUAACAGAGUUUCUAAAUAUUCAAGAGAUCCAAAAUUUGAUAAUAGCAUUAAAUAUUAAUGUCAAAACGAAUGUAUAUUUUAUGCGAGAAUGUCUAUCCUUAAUAAAUAUAAAAUAUAAUGACAAAGAUGAGAUAAAUAAUUUGGAAAUAAAAAUUGAAAAUAUUAUGAAUAGCAAUGUAAGUACCAAAAUAGAUGAAAAUAAUACUUCAAGCAAUUUAACUAAUUUAUUUUUACAAACAUGUAAUUAUACUGAUACAGAAACUAAUUCAGAUGCUUCAACAUAUGGAAGUGUCACCUUUGAUAAUAUGGACAAGCAUAAUAAUUCAUUCCAUCAUAAUCAUGACUCACCUAAUGAUGAAAUAUAUAAUGUAAUACCUAACUUCGAUGAUAAUAAUAAUUAUGAAGAUAAUAAUUACUUUGAAACUCUUGAUAUGAUAAAUAGCCAAAAUACAAAUUUUAAUACAAUUUAUAAAAAAAAAAAAAAAAAAAAUAUAAAAAAUAAGCUACCAUUUGAAAAUAUUUUUGAAACAGAUUUAAACGAAAGCCCUAAGCAUAAUUAUGAAAAUGAUUUUUGUAAAAAUUUCUUUUCAACCAUUAACAUAGAUCACAGUAAAGUUAAUAAAAAACAGAUUAAAUAUUUACUUGAAAUAAAAAAUUGUUUGAUAAAAAAUGAAAAAAAAACUAGUGAUAAUUAUUCCAAAUCAGAAAAUGUCUUUAAUCAUAUAUGGAUGUAUAUGCACAUGCGCAAUCCCAUAAUUGAUAUAGACAAAGAAUAUAAAAAUAGUUUUUUAAAAAUUAAUAUAAAUAAUUUUUGCCAUAGAAAUAGUAAAAUACAAUUUGAUAUUUUUGGUAUUUAUAAAUAUGAUAAUAAAUAUUAUUCCUUUAAUGAUAUACCAUGGAUCGAUAUAUAUUUUAAAUUAUGUUUAAAUGCAAUUUGCUCCUUUUGUAAUAUAAAAGUAGAUGAAAAAUCAAACUGUAUUUUCUCUGAAAAGAUUAGUUUAGAAAAUUCUAACCCAAUUUUAAUGAAAUAUUUUAAUUCAAAGAGUCAGAAAAUUUCGAUAAAUAUAAGUCCAUCAGCUAGUACAUUAAAAAAUUCACCAGAAAAUAAUGAGGUUAUAAAAAAUGAGGAUAUAAAAAAUGAGGAUAACUAUGAUGUGUUAAUACCAUUCGAUCAAACUUAUGAAGAAUAUACGACUCCAAAGAAAAGAAAAUUAAAUUAUUUCAACGAUUUUGAUAAUUUAGAUAGUCAAGACAAAAGUGAAUCUCUUAAUUAUGAGAUUGAAACAGGAAAUAAUAAUAACGAAUUUUUUUUUAUAAAAAAAACACACAUAUUUUGUGAUGAAUGCUAUAAAUUAGUUUCUUAUAAAUCAGAAGUAAAACCAAUAUUUGAAAUAAUAUUAGAAGAUUAUAAAUUAUUAUUACAAUUAAAAUUAGUUGAUAAUGUUAUAGAUUUUCCUCAAGAACUAUUUUGUAUAUGUAAUUAUUUUUUUCUUAAAGAUCGAUAUAUUGAAUUUUUUAAAAAACUUAGUAUUACAAUACAAGGAUUGAGAAAAAAAUUAAUAAAAAAAUUAAUAAAUAAUUUUAUUUUUACUUUUACUCUUAAUUUUUAUCAAUAUAUAAUUAAGCCAUUAUUAUUAUGUGAUGAAAAAAAAUUAUUGAAUCAAGAAAACUUUUUUUUAGUUGGAUUUUAUGUAAAAUAUAAAAAUUUAUUAAAACUUUUUAACAGCCCAAGAAUUACCUAUGUAUAUUAUUCUUUUAAUAUUAUCUUUCAAAAAAUUAAAGUAUUACAAAUAUAUUAUAAAAAUAAUUAUUUUAUGAAAAUUUCAAGAUCUUUACAUUUUGAUGUUAUAACAUUUUUGGAAAAAUAUAAAAAAUCACAAGCCAGAAUUUUAUAUCAAAAUAUUUCAAAAUAUGUCUAUGACCAUUUAAAUUAUGAUAUUCUUUCGAAAAAUAACUACUCAGAAAUAUAUGAAUAUUUUUUUCAGUGUUUACGUACUUACAAAUUUACACUAAACUCAUAA